AGGCAAGGCAAUUCGACUGGACGCGGCCAUUCCCUUCCCUUCCCUUCUCCGACAGCUCAGCUCAAGAUCACCUUCCCCUCCAGUCCCGGAUCCAGAUCCCGAGGGGCCAUGGCCACCGCCUUCGACUCCCCGACCUCCUCCCCGGCCGCCGCGCCCUUCCAUGACGACGCCUUCCUCCACGUGGACGGCUCGGCCGCCUCAGCCGACGGCUUCCCGGCCUCCCCAGACCCCUACGCCUUCAGCUCCGACGCACCCUCGCCCUUUGGCAUGCCCCAGGCCAACGGCGGCCUCCACGACGACCCGUUCGCCGACUCCGACGGUGGGCCCGUCCUCCCGCCGCCCACCGAGAUGGGUCGCGAGGAGGGAUUCCUGCUCCGCGAGUGGCGCCGUCAAAAUGCAAUCCUCCUUGAGGAAAAGGAAAAGAAGGAGAAGGAGCUGAGGAGCCAAAUCAUCCUUGACGCCGAAGAAUUUAAGAAAGCUUUUGUCGAGAAGCAGAAGCUCAAUGUUGAGACAAGCAAGGGACAAAACCGUGACAGGGAGAAGCUUUUCCUAGCGAACCAGGAGAAGUUCCACGCCGGUGCGGAUAAGCAGUACUGGAAGGCAAUAUCAGAACUUAUCCCACACGAGAUUGCUAACAUCGAGAAGAGAGGGGCGAGGAAAGAUAAGGAGAAGGAGAAGAAGCCUGGGAUCGUGGUGAUCCAGGGCCCAAAGCCUGGGAAGCCGACGGACAUGUCACGGAUGCGGCAGAUAUUGCUGAAGCUGAAGCACACUCCUCCGCCACACAUGAAGCCACCUCCGCCACCUGCAGCAGCUGCUGGGAAGGACGGUGCCCCGGCUGCCGCUGGAAAGGAUGGAGCUCCGGCUGCCGCUGCCAAGGAUGGAGCUAAGCCAGCAGCCCCUGCCAACGGCAGUGUUCCAGAGAUGGAGAAGGCCGCGGCGGCAGCAGCGCCCGCACCAGCAGCUGAGCCUAUCGCGGCUGCCUAAGCUAAUCAUUUGCGGUAGGAGGAUAGAGUUGUUGCAGAGGAGGUGGUGUUGGUGAAACUGAAAGCGCGUCUGAAUCGCUGGCAUGGCCGGAGGCACCUAGUGUGUAUUUUGUUAAGGCACCUUUGAUUCAUUACAUUACUACAAUAUUGUUAUUGCAUUUUGUAGAGAGGUGGGAUGUGUAUUCUGGUACAAAUAAGGUAAAUGAGGCUGUAUUAUGGUUUCGUCUUCCAGGUGUUUGGGAUUUUCCUUUGUUCAAAUUGGUUGUAUUAUUACGUGACUAUAUCUGCUGCAUAUAUAUGUACUUUAUGCUUCCUUGGUGUUUC